AUGGCCGAUAUUCGUCACGUUACAAAAGAAGUCUUGACAGAAUUCAUAGAGAUUUAUAGGUCUCAUCCAGCUUUGUGGAAGGUAAAAUCGAAGGAGUAUGUUAAUAGAAAUUUAAAAAAUUUGGGUUACGAUGCGUUAGUGGAAUUUUAUCAAAAGGUAGACCCAAAUGCUGAUCGAAACCUUGUCUCUAGAAAAAUUCAAUCAAUGAGGGGCUCGUUUCGAAAAGAGCUAAAAAAAUUUGAAAAAUUUAAGAGAAGUGGCGCUUCUAGUGAUGAUCAGUACGUGCCAAGUCUCUGGUAUUUCGAUUUAUUAAUGUUUACCCGGGAACAUGAAAUAUCUACAGAGAGUUUUGAUAAUAUGGCGAACAGUCCCUCAUCCCCAGAAGAGACUUCCAUUUCUGAGACUAUUGACAACCUUGACGAAAACUCCACUGAAAAUAGCCAAAUUUUUUCUGAUGAACCACGUGCUGUUCCUAGAAAGGAGAAGGAAAAAGUUGAAAGGGAUGAAAUGGACUUCAAAACACCUGCCAAAAGAGCAAAGAAGAAAGUAACACCUCAUGAGAUGCAGCAGCAAAUAUUUAUGAAGAGUUGCACGGACGCAUUAAAAAACUGUGGUGAAGAAUCAGAUAGUACAACUUUUGGAAAAUUUAUUGCAAUAAAACAUGCAAAGUUAAAUGAAACACAAAAGAUGUAUGCUGAAACCCUAAUUACGAAAAUACUACAUAAAGCGGCACAAAAUAAAUUAACAGAAGACACUAUCAUUCUCGAGCCGCAGCCGCAACUUAGGAAUACUUUUUCUCCGUAUAGUUCAUCACCGGAAACAUCUUUUGACCAUCAGCUGCAAGUUGAGAAUACUCGAUCUCGAUCUACACCAUCACCUGGUGAUCGUUUUGCUAUUAUGGCUGCCAAAAUGACAAAAGCGAAUCGCCGGCCGGGCAUGCGCGGUGGUUCUGUUAAAGAUGACACUGAAACUUAA